AUGAGUUGCCCAUUUAAUGAUGAACAAUUACUACAACUCAAAGCCUUCGUAGAAUUAUGCAGAACGAAACCUCAAAUUCUUCAACACCCAAAGUUAUCUUUCUUCAAAGAUUAUUUAACAUCACUUGGUGUAAUGAUUCCUUCGGCCACUUUUGAACAUAAAACUUUCUCUGCCUCAGGUGACAGCAACUCUGCUAAUGCUACUGCAGGAACUACUGCAGCAGCGUCUUCUGAAGAAGAUACAGAACCUGAAUCAGAUGUAGAGCUUGAUAUGGAAGGAGUCAUAUCUGACACCUCUGAUGCUAAUCAAGAUAUGGGUGAUGAAUCUAAGGAAGUGUCAGAUGAAGAUCGUGACGAAUCUGAUGAGAAAAGAUCAGAAGCUAUGAGAGCCUUUUCUGAGCAAAAAUUUGAUGAAGCCAUUGCAUUGUACACAGAGGCUAUAAAACUGAACCCACAAAGUGCUUUACUUUUUGCUAAAAGAGGACAGGUGUUCCUAAAACAAAAUAAACUUCAUGCUUGUAUUAAAGAUUGCACUCGUGCCUUGGAACUAAAUUGUGACAGUGCAGCCGCAUACAAAUUCAGAGGACGCGCUUUUAGACUUUUGGGCAAGUUUGAAGAUGCAUCUCACGAUCUCUGUGAAUCUCUUAAGAUUGACUACGAUGACCAAGCAAACGAAUGGCUGAGUGAAGUGAAGCCGAACGCUGAGAAACUUCGUCAGCACAGACUCAUUGCACAACGUAAGAAAGAAGAAAAAGAUCAUCGCGAGAAAAUCCGUCGAGCGCGUAAAGCGCAAGAGGCGCAUGCAAAAGCGGCCAAGGAACAAGGACCUAUGCCAGACUUCUCAUCCGGAGGAAUGCCUGGAGGAAUGCCUGGGGGUUUCCCCGGUAUGGGAGCAUUCAACUCGCAAGACUUCAUGAAACUACUGUCUGAUCCAGAAAUUUUAGCUGCUUUCAAAGAUCCGGAAAUAUCUAAUGCCUUUUACGACGUGUCUUCAAAUCCGGCCAAUUUUAUCAAGUACCAGAAUAAUCCAAAAAUAGCUGCUGCGCUGGAAUUAUUUAACAAGAAAUUUGGAAUUUCUACUGGUGGAUUUGCAGGUUUUGGAAAUGCCUCCCAACCUGGUGCUGGAGCCAAGAAUUCGGAUGACGACGUUGGUUUGGAC